GCCGGGCAAGCGCAGCAGGAAGGGUUUAGGCCCAAAACGUCAGCCUUCCUGCUCCUCUGAUGCUGUUUGACCUGCUGUGUUCAUCCAGCUCUGCACCUUGUUAUCACAGGAAUAGCCACAGUCCGCUUUGGACGCGGCGAAGCGUUGUCACUGAUCCAGCUGUGAAGCGAAGGCCGGCGAGGCAAAGACAAUGUCGGGAAUGUGAAGUAUUUCUUCUUGCUUGAAGUAAACCUGCGAAGCGAUGAUCGUUUGGUUUCGGUUUGAUAGUCGGGGAAUGCUGCCAGCUGUUGAUGGAUGAAAGUUAUUUUGCUGUUUGAACCGCGUCGGUGCAGUUGAACAAUUGGACUCUUGCAAUUUUAUUGAUGUUACUUCGACUGCGGCUCCUGUACAUGGCUAUUCACAAUCCCCAUUAGACAUCUUUUCUAAGGGUGUUGGAAGACGAAGCAAUCAUGGCUGAUGUCCUGCCGAAUGCAAUAUUAGAAAUUUGUGUCGUUGUGGGAGCAUCUGAUGAAAAACUGAAGGAAAUAUGCCAGGUAGUCCAAAAAGAUGAUGCUCAGUCACAUAUUUGUCUUAUCCCAGAGGUUCGGUCAGCUCAUGUUCCUCCAUUUGUCACUAGAGACAUCAGCCACUCUAGUCACAUUGCUCAAAGUUUUACCAAAACUUCAAGACAUCGCUCGUUCAGGAAGAAAAAAGAUUUUAAGCAUUCAACAUCUGCCCUAAGCAAUACAAAUGCAAAUCAUAAAGAGCCACAGACUGAAGAGAUUAGCAUUCCAAAUAACAUUGAUCUCCAAGGAUUGCCUCAAUUAUGUUUCCCAGGAGAACUGCAAAUAGAAACUGAACCAAAGGAGGAUCACUACCACUUCUUGGUGUUCACAGAUGUUUUUGGAGCAAGAACCUAUGGUGUGGUAGUGCAAUUUUAUAGGCCUAUUCAGGAAGAAAAGAGUUUUCAAGAUGGACAAGCACAUUGGGAUGCAGCUGUGCAAAAGCCUAGGAUGUCUUUAUAUGCUCCGUUCAGUAUUUGUGUGAUAUCUAAGUUCCCUUACUUUACAGCCUUUAAGGAUUCUCUGUCCUGUCUUACCAUGCAAGUGAAGUCAUGUCAUCAGGUGGACUUUGAUCAUAAAGUUCACCAAUUUGCGGCAAAAUUAGCAUUGGUUCCCAGUCCACCACCUGGAACCCUCCAUUUGGUAUUUAAUUUGAAACCAUUGCAGAUUAUAUUGCCUUCAAGGGAGGAUCCGAAGUACCCUAUAGUAGAUUUGGACCUUCACAUUCCUUUCCUCUGCUUCAAACCUAAAUGUAUCCUUCAGAUCCUGACAUGUUUUUUAAUUGAACAGAGGAUAGUCUUUCUGUCAACUGAUUGGGCUUUGCUGACACUCAUCGCAGAAUGUUUUAUUCUCUAUCUUCACCCACUCCAGUGGCAACAUACCUAUGUUCCUAUCCUGUCCAAAGGCAUGAUGGAUUUUCUAAUGGCACCAACAGCUUUCUUGAUGGGCUGCCAUGUUGAUUACUUUAAUAAAGUUAACUCUGAAAUUGAAGGCUUGAUAUUGGUGAACAUCGAUGAAGGAACCAUUAAAUCCUCAGACUUGUCACAUAUCAAACUAGAUAUACCUGAAAUUCCUUUAGAAGCAGCGGAAUGUUUUACACAAAGGAUAGAAAGCUUACAGCUGUACUAUGAUCUGGAAUUAUCUCACUUGGGCUCCAGCACAGAUAUUUCAGAUUUACGCAUGCGCAGAAGGGAAUGGCAGCAGAACCUGAAUGUUCAAAUUCAGCAAAUAUCCUUGGAACUGAUGGUUAACAUCUUCAGGGAAGUAUCAGACUAUCUUAAUUAUGAAUAUCGCGUCUUCAACAGUGAAGAAUUUUUGAAGAACAGAACCAUUUCUGAUCAGCCUUUUUACAAAAAGGUUUUGGAGACGUAUAUAUUCCAUUCUUUCCUUAAAGCUCGUUUGAGUGGAAAAAUGGAUGCUUUCAGCUACAUGGAACUCAGCAGUUGCUCCGAAAAUGACAGGGUAAAGAUGCUAGAUAGUCCACGGAGGCCCACAAUGGAAGAAAUGGCUAUGAAGAGGGAGCGUAAUUCGGACUUCUUGAUGAUUAAACGACUUGCUGCCAGCAUGCCAAAUCUACCAGUGGAUACCUUGUAUGAUUUUUCGGUUGUCCAUCUGUCUUUAGGGAAGAACAAGCAUGAAAAUGCUUUAAAAAGGAGCAUGAAAUCAGUAAGAAGAUUCAAGCUGCCAGAGUUUAGUAGCCCUGUUAUGUAUUCUAAUGUGAUUGACUGGUAUAUAGAUUUUGCCAACUUGCUGAGCAGAGCCAUAAAUUCCACAGGAACGGAAAACUCAAGCCUCCUGGCAAGAUAUUACUAUCUCCGUGGGUUGGCUUAUUUGAUGCAGGAAAAGUUUCAAGAGGCACUUUCAGAUUUUCAGAGCCUUUAUAAGACUGAUCGUGAUAUCUUUCCCAAAGAACUUGUAAAGAAAGUGAUCGGUGCAAUGCCUCCAGAUCAAUGCAAACAUGCAAGCCGAAAGCCAGAACUAAAGCGACUUAUUAGCAUAAUGUUAGAGAAAGAAGGAGAUGCGACUACAUCUGAUGAACAUGUGAAAACUUUUCAGCUCCCUAAAACCCACAUGCAUCAAGAGGAUUUUAUGAAACGGAUCCAGGAAUCUGGAAUUGUGAAGGAUGUUGACACCAUUCUUCGGUUGUUUGAUGCCUUAACGAUUGUCAGUUCUGAAAAGAACAGCUUUAAUUAUCGUGAUAUGACUUCGGGGCCAUGGCCAACACCAAAAGCGGUUUCAAGAUCAGUAUUUUAUUUAUCGGCUGAGACUGGGCAUUUGAAACAGAUCGAUCCUGAGACAUUUAAAGAUUUUUACAACUUCUGGAAGGAAUCUGAGACUGAGGCACAAGAAGUUAACCUUCCUCUGGAAGUGAUAGAGCACCUGGACAAAAAUGAAAGUGUCUAUAAAUUAUCAUCAUCUGUGAAAACCAAUUAUGGUGUGGGCAAAAUUGCACUGACACAGAAGCGACUGUUUCUUCUUUCAGAGGGUAGACCUGGCUAUGUUGAGAUUGCCAAAUUUAGAGAGAUACUGGAACUUGAAAACAUUUCAGUGAUGUUUUUCCCACUUCGAAUCCCAGCUCUUAAAAUUAAAACUACUCGGAAGGAACCAUUUAUUGGAAACCUGAAGAAUGAACGUGAUCUUUGGCAGCUAAUUGUGAAGGAAAUGUGGGCUGGGAAAAAAAUGGCCGAUAAGCACAAGGACCCACAGUACAUUCAGCAAGCACUAACCAAUGUUCUGUUAAUGGAUGCUGUGGUUGGAUGCAUGCAGUCUCCUCGAGCUAUUUAUGCAGCUUCCAAAUUGGCUUAUUUUGACCAAAUGAAAAAUAUGGUGCUUCCUAAAACAACUUCAGAGACUUUGAAACACAAAAUAAAUCCUUCUGCUGGUCAAACAAGUCCUCAGGCUGUGAAUGCACUUUUGUAUACACCAGGUCAUCGAACACAUCUAGAAGAAGACGAAAAUGCAAAUCCAAUAUUAUGGUGCGCAUUAAGUGAAGGAAAAGUAGUGCUCUUUAAUGCAACAACAUGGUCCAUUCAGCAGCACAGUAUUCAAGUGGGAAGCUUGAAAUUGAACUGUAUGUUGGCAGUGGAGUUCAGCCAAGUUUGGGUUGGUUCACAAGAUUCCUCUAUUUACAUUAUCAAUACUCAUAGCAUGUCUUGCAACAAGCAACUGACUGAACAUUUCAGUGAUGUCACUGACAUGGUCUUGGAGGAUAAGGGCUCAAAGUUCAGUCAAAAGCAAGUGUAUUCAUGCAGUCUAGAUGGAAGAAUCAUUGGCUGGGACGUGCACACAUUAGAGAUAAAGACUAAUUUUCAGUUGUCCAACUGCCACAAGCUAACUGCCAUUAAACUUCACAAUUCUAUGCUCUGGUGUUGUAUAGGAGACGCACUGCUGGAAGUGAAAAAAAAUGGGCAACUAUUACGAAGAGUGACGUUAUUGGAAAAUCCAAAAGGGCGUCAUGUCCAAUUUAGCAGUUUCCUUGCCUUUCCUGAGGAAAAUCAGUUGGUGACAGCAUGUGCUGAUAAAGGAGAAGUUUGUAUUUGGGAUAUGAAGAAUCUAUCAAAACCCAUGCAAAAGAUCCAGCUUCAGGCCUGCAAGAGCAUUAAUUGUAUGAUACGUGUUAAAAAUCAGCUCUGGAUUGGAGGCAAAGGAUCAGACAAAGUGAGAGGGAAAAUCUAUGUGGUAGACACAAUCACAUGCAAUGUGGAAAAGGAACUGGUAGCUCAUGUAGACAUGGUUCGAGCACUGUGUAGUAUUGAAGACAGAUAUGUUAUUAGUAGUGCUGGCAAAGAAGAUGGGAAAGUUGCCAUCUGGAAUGUGGGGUAAUUUAUCAUCUUGCAUGCAUUUUACCUCAAUGAUGCUAUAGUGUUGAACUUUGAACUUUGCUUAUUUGAGGGAAGCAUGCAAUUCCUAUACUUUGGCCCAGCUGUUUAAUAAUACUUUUAAAAGUGUAUCUGAAACAGGAACAAAGUACUACAAAAAUUACUUAAUGCAUGCAACAAUGAGACCUGAAAAUAUUUUUAUUUUGUACGGAAUCAUUAGGAAUCUGCACUAAUACAGAAUAGUAGUGAAUUUUUCACUUUGAUUCGUGCAUUGGUACAAGCUGCCUCUUGAAAUUACAUGGUGCAGACAAAAAAUUGUUUCAAACUGGUGCUAAAGUGGAAUGAUUUGGGCUAGCUUGAAUUGUAUUAAUACCAUUGUGCAACUGACCAUAACUUACUUCCUACUUCACAUGAAUUAACCAAAGAAAUACUAAUCAGAUUGCCAAAUAUGCAAAGUCCAUAGAUCAGGCAACAUCUGCAGAGAGAAAUAUUUCAGGUCAAUAACCCAACUUGCUAUGUGUUUUCAGCACCUGUUCUUAUUUCAGAGUUUCUGUAUCCAUGGUACUUUGCUAGUAUUUGAUUGCAACAAUUUUGUGCACAUUUUGCAAUUUAUUACUCAAUUUUUUCAUUUUUUAUUAUAUAUUCACAGUUGCUAGGCCAUUGCUUUGGGGUCAUCCUACAAAACUAAAUUUAUGUAGGGAAUGAGGAAUUUAAAAGUGAAGCAAAGGUUUGGGAGCAGAAAUCAAAGUUGAGCUUGAAUAUUAGACGGAAUAUGGUUAAUAUUGUGAAUAAGCUGUUUUGUAUGCUUUUUUUCCCUGCAAGUUUGUAGUGCUAUAUAAUAGAAUGUACAGAAUCUGAAAAUAUUUUUGUGGUCCAUCUGCUCAAUCCAGUUGCCUAGGAUAUAACACCAAUAUUUUUUUACAAGUAUUUUGAAAAGUACAAAAUGUCAAUGCAACACCAAGCAGUUUUUUGAGCUUUGAACCUUAACUGUUGAAGGGCGAUUGUAUAAAACAUCACUGCCUGUAGCGCAUUCGUCCAUAUACUUCUAUGUCUAUAUGUAUAAUUGUAUAAAUUUUAAUAUUUUUGAUCAGACAUAUUUAAAAUAAUCUGUAAAGUAGGCAUAGAACACAAUUCACUGCCUUGCAUCUUUUGUCUAUUAUGUUAUGUUUAAUGUAUACAGGCUGCUAAUUGCAGAGCAAUAUUCAACUAUUAUUAAUUUUUCUUAAGUAAAAACAACCCACCUACCACAACAUUCUGUAGAAUAUUACAACAUUACCAAUUCCUUCCCACUCAUAUCAGUAAACCUGUUAUAAUGCUCUGAUUGAUUUAAAUGUGCUUGAAAUAAAACCAUAAGAAAGUGAAACUUGAGGUUUGCGAAUGCCUUGUGAGCCCCAGAAAUUAUUAAAUAACAACCAACCGUGCUGGAGCUGCAGGUUGCUCUCUGAUUCAGCAUUGACUAGAAGGCAUGUCAUGGAUUGGCAGAAAUUGCACUAGUUACAUACAUGGUGUACUGUGCUUAUGAUCUAAAAAUAUUUCACCUAGUGUGAUACACUAAAGUCUCAACUUCAAGAUGAAAGUACCCCAUCAGUGUUUAUAUUCCCAAUGUUGAAAUUCAGUAUUUUGUAAUUAGUGCUGGAUUGAGUAAAUUAGAAAGUAGUUUCUUCUGAGUAAAGAGCAGUGAUACACUGUUAUGCAUUACAGUUUUAAAAAAAAGGAAAAUCUUUGUUUUGCUAAUUAUGGAGCCAUUGAUUCAUACAGCACAGAAACAGACCCUUUGGCUCAACUUGUCCAAACUCACCAGACAUACUGAUCUGACCUAGUCCCAUUUGGCAGCAUUUGGUUCA